GCGCAAUCAGCAACUUCCGGUAGAAGUAUAACAAACUUUGUAAUGCAAACUCGUAGAUUUAUGGCGUUUAAACCCUGUUGAUAUACACAUUGGUGCAAAAUUUGGCACACUGGAUACUGACCCACAAAUCUCUGGUCAACUGUUUACUAAACUGAAUUCAUUGAGUUUAUGUGACAAAGCUAGUAAACAUUCACAACUUGGAAGCUCAGACCAACAAGACGACAUGCCAAUGAGGCGAAAACGGUCCUCCCCAACUAUGGAGGAGUCAAAAUCGAAAAGACCCAAGUAUUCACAAUCAAAGCGGGGCGUGUCCAACAGUGCUGAUGGGUUCAGUGUGAAACUGUGCAUAGCGUGGUUUCAUGAGUACACAGGGCCGGAUGAAGACACCCUGGGACCAGAGGGCAUGGAAAAGUUCUGUGAAGACAUUGGCGUUGAACCAGAAAAUAUUGUUAUGUUGUCUCUAGCUUACAAAUUAGAUGCAAGAUCAAUGGGUUUCUUCACUCUUGCUGAAUGGUUGAAAGGGAUGACGGAAAUACAGUGUGACUGUAUCGCCAAAAUCCGACAGAAGUUAGAAUACCUGAGAAGUUUAUUGGAGGAUAUGGUUCAGUUCAAAAAUAUAUACAGAUAUGCAUUUGAUUUUGCAAGGGACAAGGACCAGCGGAGUAUGGACAUCGACACAGCCAAGGCCAUGUUGACCCUGUUGCUAGGGAAGAAGUGGCCGCUUUUCACCUCCUUCCAUCAGUACCUCGAUCAAUCCAAGUAUAAGGUGAUUAACAAGGACCAGUGGUGCAACAUUCUUGAGUUCAGCAGAUCCAUAUUUCCAGACCUCUCCAAUUACGACGAGGAUGGUGCUUGGCCGGUUAUGUUGGAUGAGUUUGUAGACUGGUACAAGGAGCAGCGACAGAUGUCAAGUUGAUAUCAGCAACCAGUCUUUUAGGAAGGGGAGACAACUGCAGAUGCACAUGGAGGAGUGACCUCCACUGGACUUGUGAUAUACAGUCUUUCUAGUAACAGUCAGCCAGUAGCAGAAAGUGUACUCAUACAUCUCAGCUCACCAUAUAUUGUGUUCAUAUUUGCCAGCAAUUGGUCAUGAGUGCAGUGACGUGAUUGGGAGGCUUUUUGUGUCGCCUGAAACAACAGCAUAUAGGUAUUACUGUCAUUGUCAGCUGUUUCUGCUCCACCAUUUUGCAGACAUUGACUUAAGUAAUUAUCAUUCAAUCAUGAUGAAACUUGGUGACAGUGUUUUUAGGCAUUAUCUUGUUUGCCAAUUCACCUCAGUAUCCCCCCUUUUACAUUAAAAAAUAGUAUGUUUAUAUCUCAUGAAGACAAUACCAUAAGCAUUGAUCACCAAGUCAUGAUAAUUAAUAUUGAACACAUGUUCACAAUGUCCAGGUCAAGUUGUAAUUUAGAUAAAUCACUCAAGAAACAAAAGAGACACACCCCUUUAACAUUAAAAUAAAGUAGUUUUAUUCUAGCACAGACAGUUACUUAUUAUUAAUAUUAAUGAUGUAUUUAUAAUCCCAUCAUCUUGAAACUUGGUACAAGCUGGAUCAUUAGAUUGAUUGCCCCUUGAAACACUAGAGUUAUGCCCCUUUAAUGUGAAUAUAUUGUUGAUUGAUUGCUUGUGCAGACAAUAACCGAGUAUUUAUCAUCCAGUCAUAAUGAAACUUGGUGACAAUGUUUGUGUUCACAACAAUCAGGUCAAGUUUGAUUGUUAAAUGAAUUCCCCUAGUUAUACCAGAGUUAUGCCACUCUAUAUUGAAAAAUGUUGGCUUAUUAGUUAAGUCUCAGUUCUAAAUGUUCAACACAAUGCUCCUUUUAUAUUUUAAUUGUUACCUUAAAUGGUUUAAAAAUGUGCGUGUUCUCCACAGGCUUCACAUCAAAUUCAGUCCAAUAUUGAUUGCUUUGUCAGUUACCAGUAACAUGUAAUUGUGUAAGAGUUUGAAAGGACAUUGCAGGUAGAAGUUAAUGCAACUUUUUUUGCACUUACAACAUAAAGAAUAUCUGAUUAGUCACCCACUUGUUACUUAAGUAAACAAAAUUCUUUGAUACUCAUUUUAAAGGGGAAAAAAAUCUCCUCUUCUAUAGGAAAACUAAACUCAGGAAAAAGAUCAUACUGAUAAAUAAUCAUUCACAUUUCUUUAAAAAAGGGUAACAGUGUCUCCUGUUGAGAUGUUUUGUAUCAUCUAUAAUUUAAAUUGUUCUUAUGAUUGCUUCAGCAGAAAAGAAGUUCUGAACUAGAGGAGAGAUGUGUUUAACAAUAUAUGUGCUUUGUGUGAUUGUGUGCCAUUAUGCAUUGUGAUAAUCAUUUACAUUUGUUAUAAUAAUCCAGUGUAUUUAUCAGAAGAUAACAUAAUGGGCGGAUUGUUCAGAACUUUGUUAAAGUUAACAAAGUGGUUAACAACAUCAUUGCUUAUUUUAAAAGGUGAAAUACGAUAUUACGAUGUGCUUAUAUUUUUGCAUAAAGCAAAUACAGCUGAAACAAUUAUUUCAAAUAUUGUUAGAAAUACUGCAGAUCACAAGUGUUUCCUUUAAGCUUUAAACUACAGAGUUCUGAACAACUGGCCCAUUGUGUUUGAUAAGCUCAGAUUUAUACAUACUUCACAAUGUCUGUGUGCGCUACAUGUCAGGGGGUUUUCUCACCUUUUUGAUAGUGAGGUUAGGGUUCUUUCAAGUGUAGAAAUUGUAUUAUUUAAACAUUGAUUAUUGAAAAAGUGGAAAAAUGGAGCUUAUAAGAUUGAUAAAUACGACCUUCAUGCUUAAGUACAAUUCAUCAGUGUAAAAAAAACUUGGGUCACUGCAUAUUUUGUCCGAAUUAUCUAUGCGCUGACCAAUGCUGUUAUACACCAAUAAAUUGCAAUUCUGACAUUCAAUGUUUUUACACUCAUGAUUUGCAAAAUUUGUCUGCGAUGAUCAAACUUUAAAAAAACUCAAACUCUUCAAAGAUUAAAGCAUAUAUCCGGCUGUUUGAACAGCAUCAGUGUCAAUGACAUGACUUGUUUCAUCAAUGUCACAUACAUUUUUACCGCAAAAAAUAUCACUUGACCAAUCACGUACACCCCUUAGGUAAGAUUAGAGGUUUUUCUUAAGCUGUUAAAUUCAUCUGAAUAUAAAUGUAAUUGAAAUAAUUUGCAUUUAUCUAAAGUAGCAGGUGUAUGAACAACCUACGUAUUCUACAAGACAAUAAUGUUGUAGUAGAAAAAACCAUCCCAUUUACAAGUUGAAGUUGAGGCGCCAUGCUUAUUCGGUCUUAGAUACAAGAACAUUUAAAAAUCACUCAAUAAUUUUGAUAAAAAAAUGAACACGUACAAUUUUGCUUGUUAUGGAUUGCACAUUAUAUAGGAUCUUACAUGAGUUGCCAUUUAAUUAAUACAAAAAAAACCCUGUGGUGACCUAGUGUUUCACAUUACUCAUUUGUCGCCCAACAAAGUGUUGAUUCCAUUUCUGGUUUUAAAAAAUUAGAAUGGUAAAAUUAUGUUUACGUCAAGUUAUAUUUCAUAAAAGUAAAUAAAAAAACAAAAACAUUAUGGAAUUGUACUCCAAACAAGCACAUGUUUGUUGUGGCAAUAGCCUGAUAUGUUAGACCUUUGUUGUGGCAAUAGCCUGAUAUGUUAGACCUUUGUUGUGGCAAUAGCCUGAUAUGUUAGACCUUUGUUGUGGCAAUAGCCUGAUAUGUUAGACCUUUGUUGUGGCAAUAGCCUGAUAUGUUAGACCUUUGUUGUGGCAAUAGCUCGAUAUGUUAGACCUUUGUUGUGGCAAAAGCCUGAUAUGUUAGACCUUUGUUGUGGCAAUAGCCUGAUAUGUUAGACCUUUGUUGUGGCAAUAGCCUGAUAUGUUAGACCUUUGUUGUGG